UCAAAGAAGAGGGACCAGAAGCAACUGAUACAUUUAUCUUUCCCCGAGUAGCCUUUCUAAACUUGAAGACUUGCCAGAACUUACAACUUUCUACCCUGGUAAACACACUUUAGAAUGGCCAAUGUUAAAGAAGAUGGAGGUGCGUAAUUGUCACAGACUGCACAUAUUCACUUCAGAAUAUAAGGUUGUUGUCCCCAAUUUGGAGGCCUUACAACUUCAUUCAGUUAAUUUUGAAAUGAUCUGGGAUAGUCAACUAGCAACAAUAUCUCAUUGCUAUCAAAACUUGGCACGCUUGAUUGUGGUUGGAUGUGAAAAACUAAAAUUUGUAUUUUCAUCUUCCGUGGUAAAAAGCUUUGACCGGCUUGAACACCUUCGGAUACGCAAUUGUAGGGUUUUAAAGGAGAUUAUUGAGAAAGGAGCAGAAGCAAAUCCUACAUUUAUGUUUCCACGAGUAACCUUCCUACAACUUGAAGACCUACCAGAACUCGCAACAUUCUAUCCUGGAGUUCAUACUUGUGAAUGGCCACAAUUAAAGAAGUUGGUAGUGUGUAAUUGUGACAAAAUAAAAAUAUUCACUUCAGAAUUUAAGAGCUUCCAUGAAAACAAUAAGAGUCAACUUGAUAUUUGGGAGCAACAAUCCCUCUUCUUGGUCCAAAAGAUUAACUCCAAUUUGGAGGAAUUAACAUUAAGCAGAGUGGACGACAUGGUAACAUUGCAGCAGCAGUUUCCAAAAAACUUCUUCAGUAGAUGUACAGUUAGGAUCAAAGGCGAUAGAUCUACAAAUAUUCCGGUUGGCAUCCUUCAAAGAUUGAAUAAUCUGGAAAAACUUGUACUGAGAGAAGGUUCGUACAAAGAAAUAUUCACAUGUGGAGAGGAUGAGAAACGUACAGAGACAUUGAUACAGAUAAAAAGUUUGGAGUUGAGUGAUCUUUCUGAUGUGAAAUACUUGUGGAGGAAUGACUUUAAACUGGACGCUGUUCUUCAAAAUCUUGAAGUUCUAGAAGUAUGUUUUUGUCACAGAAUGAUAAAUGUGCUACCAUCCUCGACGUCUUUCAAAAAUUUAACAGUUUUGAAAGUAAUUUGCUGCCACGUAUCGAUAAACAUAGUCACGCCAUCAGUAGCAAAACAUUUGGUACAGUUGAGAGAAAUGAAAAUAGAAUGUUGCCAAAUGAUGAUAGAAAUAGUAUCAAAUGAGAAAGAUGUGGUAGUAGAAGAUGAAAUUGUUUUCAGCAAAUUGAAGAAGUUGUCACUAAUAUAUUUAGACAGUCUCACAUGCUUCUACCCGGGGAAAUACACAUUGAACUUCCCAUCUUUGAAAGAAUUAAUUAUCCAGCAUUGUCCCAAGAUGAAGUCUUUCUCUGGAGGAAUCUUAAACACACCAAGUUUACUGAAAGUUCAACAAAAUGAGCAGGAUAAAGACGAAUGGUGUUGGGAAGGUGACCUUAAUACAACUAUACAACAUAUGUACAAAGAAGAGGUUAACUCCAAUUUGGAAAGGAUCACACUAAGUGGAGAGGACAUCGCGUCUAUAUGGCAAGAUCAAUUUCCGAAACAUCAGUUUUCCAAAGUGAAAGUUCUUGAGAUCAUUAAGGAUGAUUCAGCACACUUUCCAAUUGAAGUCCUUGAGGGGUUUAACAGUCUCCAAAAACUGAUAUUAAAAGUCUGUCCAUACAAAGAGAUUUUUUCAUGUGGAGAAGAUGAGAAAUGUGCUGGGAUGCUCACACAGAUAAAACAAUUGGAGCUAUGGGGACUUUUUAAUUUGAAGGACAGUUGGAAAGAAGACUGUCAUCUGGACUCAAUUAUUCAAAAUCUUGAAAUGCUAUUUGUCAAUGAUUGCCACACUUUGAUUAAUCUACUGCCAUCUUCAGCAACCUAUGAAAGUCUAAAAAGACUAGAAGUAUGGGAGUGCGAUGGAUUGAUAAACUUGGUAUCAUCUUCAACAGCCAAAAGUCUUGUGCGACUCGAAGAAAUGGGAAUAAUCGGUUGUGGAAUGAUGACAGAAGUAGUAUCAAAUGAGGGAGAUACAGAAAAUUAUGAAAUUGUUUUCGACAAAUUGACGUCAUUGAGACUUGAAAAUUUAAAAAGUCUCACAAGUUUUUGCUCUGGGAGUUACACAUUCAAAUUCCCAUUUUUGGAAGUCUUAAAUGUGGUUAAAUGCCCCAAUAUGAACACAUUCUCUGGAGGAGUCUUAAGCACACCAAACUUAGACAGAAGAGAGCAUAUUAGUUAUGGCUGGAAAAAUUGCUGGGAGGGUGACCUUAACACAACUAUACAACAUCUUCACAGGAAAAUGGUUGGUCAGAAAUUUCCAGGCAGCUCUUCCAAUAGUGCUUGAACAACAGAAGUGUGUCUGCCCAAAACACAAAGAAGGGGUUAAGUUAUGGAGAGAAUAAUCCCAAAAGACAUAAAAACUGCAGUUUCGGGUUUACCCACAAUUGACUGCCUUGCAAUGCUUAGUUACAAUCUCCACCGUUCAGAAUGUAGAGUUGUGUCUCAUGAACAACAUAUCCAAAAAUCAGAACGAUCCGACGGCAAACGAACUCCAGAUCACGAUUUGAUGAGACACUGUUCACAGACUCAAAUCUCAUAUUUCUUCUCCGUUUCUCUUUGUUUUUGUCUCACUCUCUGGAUGAUGGCUGGCUAGAAAGGACAGCCACUGGAGGGGAACACUCACUCUCUCACGUUUUUGGCUGCUGGACAAUGAAGAAGAUGAAGAUAAGAUGGAGUUGUUCUGGGCCUAAUUUGUUGGUCUACUCACCUUCAUAUGGGAGAGAAUGAGGUAAGCCCAACCCAACACCAGUUGCUACUGACGUUGUGCCACUAGAAGUGCUACUUCCUGUGCUUGCAAAAGUUGAUGCCCUCCCCCCAAAAAGCACGGUGGUAGAAUCACCAAAGCUAGGCUCCUUGAUCUUCGGUUAGUAGGGCCUCUGCUUCUCCUCCUCUCUCGAGCUCUGCUACUGGCACCUGUUGUUUUAAAGGUGGUAACUUCAUCUCGCUCUCCAGCUGUACACUUCUUCAAUCUUCCUUCACCGGUUCCAUUGUUCAAUUUGAAAGCAAACUAUUUUACGAAAUUUCUUGCUUUUAUUUACUUUUGUUUGUUAUGUUUUAGAAGGCUAAUAUUGAGAUCAGAUAGAGUACUCAAUGGAUUUUACAAGACUGAAGCUCGUAUUCCAAUGCUUCUUGUAGUUUCUCUUAA